AUAGCCGGCUAGUGUACGGCGAUGCUCAAUGCUCAUUGCUACAUAUAUCGAGGCCGUAGCAGCUAACAUGACGCGCCGCUGUCGUUCUCGAACCCGCAUCGCCCGCCAUGCUCCCGCCCGACGACUCCAUCACCGUCCCUGAGCACACCCGCACACCCUCGCGCCGCAGCCGCACAUCGUCCUUCAAGUCUCGCACUGCACGCCCCCAGACUCCCACCCUGGAUCCCUUCGCGAAAGAAGACAGCAAGAGCAGCAAUGCCUGGUACAAAACGCAACCCUUCUCCGGCAUGCUCCGCGACAUCAAGCGCCGCGCGCCCUUCUACGCCAGCGACUGGACAGACGCCUGGGACUACCGCGUCGUGCCCGCGACCGUGUACAUGUACUUCGCCAACAUCCUCCCCGCGCUCGCCUUCUCGCUCGACAUGUUCGCCAAGACCGACUCGAGCUUCGGCGUCAACGAGGUGCUGCUCGCCAGCGUGCUGGGCAGCGUCGUGUUCAGCCUGUUCGCCGCCCAGCCGCUCGUCAUCGUCGGCGUCACGGGCCCCAUCACCGUGUUCAAUUACACCGUGUUCGGCAUCGUGGCGCCGCGCGGCAUAGACUACUUCGCCUUCAUGGGCUGGGUCGGCGUCUGGGCGCUGCUGCUGCACUGGGUGCUCGCGGCCCUCAACUCGUGCAACCUCCUGCGCUACGUCACCCGCUUCUCGUGCGACAUCUUCGGCUUCUACGUCGCGUGCAUCUACCUCCAGAAGGGCGUGCAGGUGCUGACGCGCCAGUGGGAGGUCAGCGACGCGUCGGCGUACCUGUCGGUUAUGAUCGCGCUGCUGGUCACGGGCGUGGCGUACCUGUGCGGCGUGGUCGGGCAGAGCGCGCUGUUCCCGCGGCCCGUGCGCAAGUUCAUCGACGACUACGGGACGCCGCUGACCGUCGUCUUCUUCACGGGGUUCGUGCACGUCGGCAAGAUGGCGCACGUCGAGCUCCUCAAGCUGCCCACCUCGCGCGCCUUCUUCCCCACCUCCGACCGCAGCUGGCUCGUCCGCUUCUGGGACCUCGGUGCGCCCGAUGUGUUCCUCGCGCUACCCUUUGCCAUAGUCCUCACCAUCCUCUUCUGGUUCGACCACAACGUGUCCAGCCUGAUCGCGCAGGGCACCGAGUUCCCGCUGCGCAAGCCGGCGGGUUUCCACUGGGACAUUUUCCUGCUGGGCCUCACCACAGGGGUUGCGGGACUCCUCGGCGUGCCGUUCCCCAACGGACUCAUCCCCCAGGCGCCCUUCCACACGGCCUCGCUCUGCACCGCAGCCGCGCCGGGCACCCCGCCCCGCGUCGUCGAGCAGCGCGCAUCCAAUCUCGCGCAGGGCCUGCUCACGCUCGCCACCAUGAGCGCCCCGCUCCUUACAGUGCUGCAUCUGAUCCCGCAAGCCGUGCUGGCGGGCCUGUUCUUCGUCAUGGGCAUCCAGGCGCUGGAGGCCAACGGCAUCACCGCGAAGCUAGUCUUCUUGCUGUCGGACCCCGACUCCACACUCACACCGCCCUCGCCGCUGGCCCGCGUGCGCCGCCGCGCCGUGUGGGCGUUCGUCGCGCUGGAGCUGCUCGGCUUCGGCGUCACGUUUGCGCUCACCCAGACCGAUGCCGCGAUUGGGUUCCCCGUGUGCAUUUUCGCGUAUAUUCCGCUAAGGGCGGGGGUCAUGCCCAGGUGGUUUGCGGCGGAGGAGCUGGCGGUGCUGGAUCAGCCGGCUGCGAGUGCGGCUACGAUGGAGGGCGUGGGGGGGAUCCACGGGCAGGGGGGUGGUAUGGGUGAUGAGGGUGGGGUAUCGGGUGAUGCGUCGGGCGACGAGGCGCUGGAGGUUGCGGAGCGCGGUGAGGGCGAGGGCGUGGUGCGGAGCGGGAGCAGGUCUACUGCCCAUGGAGGCAGUAGGCGGCGAGCCAGUUUCCGGGCUGCGGAGGGGGAGGUCAGUGUGCUCGAGAAGUCGUGAUGUCGUUGUAAUGGCCGUAUACCCUGUCAUGUCGGAGCGAGGAGCAAGUAGAAUUCAACUGUGUCGUAUCUCGACCUCAAAUCGAAGCACGAACUACUGGAAAGCCAUGCGAAACGGUUC